AUGCCAGAAAAGGAGUACCACAUCGACAAAGAGACCCGCGCAGCACUGCAGGCUAAGACCGGCGUGCGGUUUCUUCUCUGUGCCAAGCGCACGCUCGAGUCUCGACGCUCCUCGGACAUCAUCCCAUGGGCGCAAAACCUCUCAGAAAAGAUCACUAGGGCCGUGGUUGAAGCAGCCGGGCACGAACUGACCCAUUUCGCCAUACAAUAUAACGUGGUCCGAUUGCUAAGUCACCGGCCGUACGCCUUCAUCUGCUACGACCUCUUCAUUCACGAAUGUGACGAAGAGGCUCGAAACCAGUUCUCCCAAAACACCCAACGGCCGAUCCACGAGAUCAUCAAGCGUGGAAACAGCUGUCAUGUUAUCCGGAGCAAGAGAAUGGACAGCCCGGUAGCGAACCAAUAA